UGGCUGCACGGUGGGCACAUCCGGCUCCCACCGUUGCGUGAAAUCGUUACAAGGUGUUUUCAUAACGCCGAGAAAACAGCGGGCAUCACCAAGGAACUGUGAAGAAACCCAUCCGCUAUAGGACACUUCCCUCCGUCAUCGCCACCGGGUGAGAUGAGUCGAGCGCGCGGCGUCGAGGUGCAGUCGUGAUGUGACUGUGUGAGCGCACGAGCCUCUACCACAGCAGACUCCCGGAAGGUGAAUACGGUGUGAAUUUGUGGGUGUUUUUGUGAAGCGGAGGUGAUGGCAUCGUUUGGCAGCAGGAAGUCAACGCAGCAUCAGCGGCGCGAGCCCUGACCACAGCUGGAUUUCGGGAGCUAUGCACGCGGGAACCGAGCCUCCAUCUGCCUAUAGUCGACAGUAUCAGGGCGCUCCUUCGGUUUGGAGCCUCGGGGGUCCUCGCUAAAGUCAAGGCACAGUCAGUAUCACAGAAGGGCGCCCACCUAAAGUCAAGGAGGAGUUUCUAUUUGCUGUAAGGCCGGGCUCUCUGCAGCCCACUCCCCGCAUCCUCAAGCGUCGUCUCUCUGACGCGAGUGCUCCGCGCUCUGACUCCAUGGCAGUGGACAUCAAAACCAUCAAUACCUGAGUGUGUUUGCCUCCUGCAACCAUAAAUACCUUUACAUUGAAGAGUUCAUUUAGUCGAAGUGUUGAUUUGGAUCAGUUGCUGUGCCUAUGCACCUCAGUUACACCGCCCCGGAAAGGACUUCUUGCCAUUGAGAGCUGGAUAUGCAGAGAUUAACGUGAGAGGAUGGAUCUAAUUAUCUGUGUUUGGGGGCUGCUGUCGCUCAUCGUGGAGGGCAUCCGUUGCCAGGGAGUGUACGCCCCUCCAACCGUCCGCAUUAUACACUCAGGGCACGCCUGUAAUGUAGAAGAGGAGAGGCACACGGAGAGAGUCUACACCAUCAGAGAGGGAGAGACGCUGGAGCUCACCUGUCUAGUGACAGGACAUCCUCGACCACAGAUCCGAUGGACAAAGACAGCAGGCAGUGUGUCGGACCGCUUCCAGGACUCCAGUGUGUUUAAUGAGACGUUGAACAUUGCAAAGAUCUUGAGGACACAGGGAGGACGCUACUACUGCAAGGCUGAGAACGGCUUAGGAUCUCCGGCCAUCAAGUCCAUCAGGGUGGACGUCUACUACCUUGAUGACCCCAUUGUGACGGUACACCAGAGUAUAGGAGAAGCUAAAGAACAGUUCUACUAUGAGAGGACUGUGUUUCUGCGCUGCGUGGCCAAUUCCAACCCGCCCGUCCGCUACAGCUGGCAUCGAGGGAGGGAGGUCCUGACGCAGGGCUCGGACAAGGGAGUGGAGAUCUACGAGCCGUUUUUCACACAGCUGCAGGGGGAAACGAAGAUUUUGAAGCUGAAGAACCUGCGUCCUCAGGACUAUGCCAACUACAGCUGCAUCGCCUCGGUCAGGAACGUGUGUGGGAUCCCUGACCGCAGUGUCAUCUUCAAACUCACCAAUAAGACAGCCUCGCCGUCCAUCAAGCUGCUGGUGGAGGAUCCCAUCGUGGUGAAUCCCGGUCAGACCGUGUCCUUGGUGUGCAUCACCACAGGCGGAGAGCCGCCGCCCACACUCACCUGGGUCAGCAGCAACGACAGCCUUCCACAAAGGAGCGUGGUGAAGGGGGGCACACUCACUCUGCCAGCCAUCAGCUCGGAUGAGUCGGGGGUCUACAGCUGCAUGGCCAGCAACAACGUGGGCAACCCGGCCAAGAAGUCCACCACCAUUGUGGUGCGAGCUUUGAAAAAGGGGCGAUUCUGGAUAACGCCUGACCCGUACCACAAUGAUGACAACAUCCAGAUUGGGCGUGAGGUCAAGAUCUCCUGCCAGGUCGAGGCAACACCACCAGAGGAGCUGACGUUCAGCUGGCUGAAGAACGGCCGUGCCCUGCGGAGCUCCGAGCGAAUGGUCAUCACCCAGACGGACCCUGACAUCUCCCCCGGCACCACCAACCUGGACAUCAUAGAUCUCAAGUUCACCGACUUCGGGACGUACACCUGCGUGGCGGCGCUGAAGGGCGGAGGGAUCCCGGAGAUCAGCAUUGACGUCAACAUCUCGUCCACAACUGUUCCCCCAAACCUGACAGUCCCCCGGGGCAAGUCCCCCCUGGUGGCCCGAGAGGGUGACACAGUGGAGCUGGAGUGCCUUGUUUCAGGAAAGCCCAAGCCCAUCAUCCUGUGGUCACGGGCCGAUAAAGAGGCGCCUAUGCCGGACGGAAGCAUGCAGAUGGAGAGCUAUGACGGUGUGCUACGUAUUGUUAAUGUGUCAAGGGAGAUGACGGGAUCGUACCGCUGCCAGACAAGCCAGUAUAACGGGUUCAACGUAAAGCCGCGUGAGGCCGUAGUGGAGCUGAUCGUACAAUAUCCCCCGACUGUGGAGCCGGUUUUCAUGGAGAUGCGGCAGGGCUUAGGUAGGCCUGUGGUGAUGACCUGCAGGGUGCUGCGAGCCCACCCUUCCCGUGUGCUGAGGUUUGAGUGGCUUCUAUCCAACCGACUGCUCCAUGCCGGGGCAUUCGAUGCCCAAAGAGAUGAGACGGAGUACACCAUCCGCAACCUGAAUAGAGACGGGUGGGGUGAAUACACCUGUAAUGUCAUCAACGAGGCAGGAGCAGGAAAAUGCACCUUCCAGGUUACAGGCAAGGCCUACCCUCCAGAGUUCUACUACGACACUUACAGCCCUCUGUGGCAGAACAGACCCAGAGUCUAUGGCUUCAAGCUGCAGUGGACCCAGAUGAACCCCAACGCUGUGGACCGCAUUGUGGCCUACAGACUGGGCAUCCGACAGAUGGGGUUACAGCGCUGGUGGGAGCAGGAGAUCCCUGUGGACGGCGCGAUCAACAAAGGAGAGCUCAUGACACACAACCUGACUGAGCUCAUAAAGCCCGAAUCCUACGAGGUGCGCCUCACCCCCAUCACACGUUUUGGAGAGGGCGACUCCACCAUACGGAUUGUCACGUACAGCGCUCCCAUCAACCCUCACCUUAGAGAGUUUCACUGCAGCUUUGAGGAGGAGCCCAUAUGCAUGUUCACCCAGGACAAGAACGACGAUUUUGAUUGGACGAGGCACAGUGCUGCCACUCGCGACACAAAGUACACACCCAACACCGGGCCCAGCGGUGACCGCAGUGGAUCUAAACAGGGUUUCUACAUGUACAUUGAGACGUCACGACCGCGGAAGGACGGGGACCAAGCGCGGCUUGUGAGUCCGUUUUUCAACGUAGCACCUAAGAACCCUUAUGGGAUCACCAACCCACCCGCCUACUGCUUCGGCUUUUUCUAUCACAUGUAUGGAAAACACAUAGGAACACUAAACGCCUUGCUGAAGCAGAAGGGCCAGACGGCCUCUGAGGGUCCCGUGUGGUCGCUAAGUGGUAACCAAGGUGACCGGUGGAAGCAGGCCAAAGUAAGCAUCCACCCAACUGCAUCGUUCCAGGUGGUAAUUGAAGGUAUCAGGGGACCAGGCAUCGAGGGAGACAUCGCCAUCGAUGAUGUUACGCUGGAGGAAGGGGAGUGUCGAGACCCACCGCCCAAUCUCAGCUCCAGGGCUCUAUCCACAUCCUCCCAUAUAUGGCUGCUAUGCGUCACCUUGGUGAUGACCCUCCUGGAAGGUCAGAGGUGACCCUUCACUCCAUCAUCUCAGAGGCAAAUAUUCAGACCCACUGUCUGUGAACUUAACCCUCGGCAUCCAAUCACCAAAGAUUCAUGCAUCAUGAAAGCAGCAGGGGACCCGUGACGCCACCCUGAGGGACCGAUUUUGAUGAAAAAGAGAAAAACAGAGAUAAAAAGACGGACAAAAAUUAAUAAAGAAGCUGCGCUAAUUUUUUAAAGAGACUUCUUUUACAGAAAACACUCCUUAGUGCAGGACUUUGGACGUCUUUUUGAGCACAAAGACAGGUGGGGGAUGAAUAAGCCUGGACUUUGGGGAAAGAGUUUGGGGGAGGACAGUUUGUAAAGCACAAGAACAAUUUUAUGAAGUUAUGAAAAUAUCUUUGGAAGGCGGCAGAUUAUAUAGACACUGCUGACUUUUAGCGGAGGAAAUAACAUUUCCCCGCUUGCAAAUACAUGGAAUCAGACCUUUCUCUGUGCAUCUUUUAUCUUCAUCUACUCGCACCAGAUGCCAAUCACCCACUCUUGUUUUUCAAUCUGGCCCAGUCUCGCGUCACACCUUGACAUUUCUUCAUCUGCUCGGUGCUGAACUGUGGAGAAACAAUGACUCUGGCAACAUUUAGUUCUGUCUGCUUACUCCCUUGUAGCUGCCUAUGUAUCUUUUAACACUGUGCUCACGAGUCCAAGUGGCCAAACAACGCUAUGGUGGCAGAACAAAAAAAAAUGCAGACGAAUCAGCGGAGGUGUAGGAGGCUGGACACGAGAGCAGAGAGAAUUUCAAGGAGUCGAAAUGAGAGAGAAGAGGAGUGGAGGAUGAGCUGAAAAGACAGAAGGUAGAGAACUGUCCGCCUGUGGAAAAGAAGCCACUUUACUUUCUGCCAUGAAACAAAGUGCCUUCAGAUUACAAACCGAAUCGUGAGCCUGGGUGUUAAUCAACAUCGGACACGUCUCUGUCCGUGUUUCCUCUGAUGGGCUAUUUUCUACACGUUUCUUUUGCCCCACAAGUGCUGAUGGGAGGGCAUGCGUGUUAAGAAGGGUUGUGCUACACAAGGAUCUAACGCCUGAUGGGACCGUUGUGUGUGUGUGUGUGUGUGUGUGUGUGUGUGUGUGUGUGUGUGUGUGUGUUGUGU